AAUUGAAAUUGAAUGAGCGAUUCUUUCGUCCACUCAUUAUUCAUACUACUGUGUGUUGGCUCAAAAUUCCUGUGUGAUUUGAGUGAAGUGACGAUAAUGAUAGUGAGCAUGGCAAAUGCAUUGACAUUCUCUUCUGCAUCUUAUUCUCCACUUUUGAUUCGAUCAAUGGCGUCACAGCAGAAGCCAAUUCCUUCAGCUACCAAAACUGUUGGCUCAAAGAAGAGUACAACCGUUUUCCCUCUUGGCGAGCCCGGCCCUCGUGUCAGCUCUUCAACAUCAACGCCACCAGUGAAGCUAUUAACACGUGUGGAGCAGCUGCGACUCCUAACCAAAGCAGAGAAAGCUGGCCUACUAUCUGCAGCAGAGAAAUUUGGGUUCUCCUUGUCGACAAUCGAGAAACUUGGCCUCCUUUCUAAAGCAGAGGAAUUUGGUGUCUUUUCAGCUGCUACUGACCCGGGAACCCCAUCAACCCUUCUGAAUCUGAGCUUGGUUUUUCUUAUCUUGGGUCCUGCUUUCGUCUACUUGGUGCCAGAAGACUACCCUUGGGAGAUUGCAUUGCAGGUUGUAGUUGCUUUGCUCUCUGUAGUUGGUGGAUCUGCUGCUAUUGCAGCAUCAAAUCUUGUAUCCAAUUUGCAGAAAUUGAACUAAACUUGCAGAAACAAGGAAUUAUGGGGUUUUAAGAAUUAACUCUUUCAUUCCUCUGCUAUAUAUUGAUUUUCGGAUUGAAUAUCUCAUGUAUAGUAUCAUUAUCCUUAAGGCUUAA